AAUUAAUCAAAUGCAAGAUAUUGGUGAAAGGGUAAAUUCGUCAAUUGAAGCAAACAUGAGUCGAUAAAAUUGACAGAGUCACAGAUUCUUUUUCUCUCUCUCUUGUUUGCUCUUCGUUGAUCUGUCUGUGUGGGAUUCUUCCUUUAGUCCUCUGUUGAUCUAUCCAAUCGAAUCUUACGAAAUUUUUAGAGUGAAGAUGAGGUCGCUUCAAGCUCCGAUUGUUUGCCCUACUGUUCGUCCUAGACAACUGGGUGUCUCUGCUUCACUUUUCAACUGCUCUGUUUCGAAAACUAAGAGUCUUAGAAACCAAUUCUGGGGUAAUCAGACCAGAAAUGUCAAGUCUCAGGUUGCUGCAGUGAGUCUUCGUCUGCAUAUUCGGAGGUGUAAGAGUAUAAAAUGUCUUUUCAGCUCGCAUUCUGAUGGUACCGGAAGCACAGCAGAGAAUUUCAACGAGAACGAUGAGGAUUAUGUCAAGUCUAGUGUAUUGGAAGCUGUUGAGGUAAAGAGUGGACCUGAUGAUUUCAUGGUGAAGAUGAAGGAUGGGAGGCAACUUCGAUGUGUCCACAAUAAUCCUCAAGGAGGAAAUCUUCCAAAUUAUGCUCCACAUGCUGCAAUUGUGCUGAAAAUGGAAGAUGGAACUGGUCUUCUUCUUCCUAUUAUCGUCUUGGAAAUGCCUAGUGUGUUACUUAUGGCAGCAAUGACUAAUGUUCAAAUAGCAAGACCCACUAUGUAUCAAGUGGUGAAGGAGAUGGUAGACAAAAUGGGUUAUGAGGUUAGGCUUGUUAGAGUUACCACAAGAGUUCACGAGGCAUAUUUCGCAGAGUUAUACCUUUCAAAGGUGGGUGAUAAGUCGGAUUGUGUCAGCUUCGAUCUUCGUCCUUCUGAUGCAAUUAAUAUAGCUGUUAGAUGCAAGGUACCUAUCCAAGUCAACAAGUAUCUAGCUUAUAGUGAUGGAAUGAGAGUCAUUGAUUCCGGAAAGCCAUCAAAGCAAACACCUGCUUCAGAUGGUUUAUUGUUUACUGAACUAGACCGGCCAAAUGGUCAGCCUUGUUUUGAUACUAAAGAGUUUGAUCUAUUAAGGAACAUGAUGCAAGCUGUUGAUGAAGAACGGUAUGAUGAAGCCGCUGAGUGGAGAGACAAGCUUGGCCAGUUUCAGGCAAAACGCAAAUUAAGGAAAUACACAUGACAGCUCGCAGACAAAUACAUAAUUUAUGUAAAUAAUAAAGAAGCCAAUUGCCA